CGUGCCUUCCACGGAGAUUGGUGGAGGCGGCCUAAGAUAUUUGCAAAACUAGGCGAGUCUAUUUAAAGCCACCGUUUUGCCGCCAGGCGUGUUUCGCCGCCUUUUGCUCGCUCAGACGCUUCUUUUUCCUCCUCGCCGGCUGCAGAAGCUUCACCAUGUCAGACAAGCUCCCGUACAAAGUUGCUGACAUUAGCCUAGCUGAGUGGGGUCGCAAGGCCCUGGAGAUUGCUGAGAAUGAGAUGCCUGGGUUGAUGAAGAUGCGGGAGAUGUACUCUGCGGCCAAGCCAUUGAAAGGGGCUCGAAUUGCUGGCUGUCUGCACAUGACUGUGCAAACCGCGGUUCUGAUUGAAACUUUGUUAGCUCUGGGAGCUGAGGUUCAGUGGUCCAGUUGCAAUAUUUUCUCCACUCAGGAUCAUGCUGCUGCAGCUAUUGCCAGAGCUGGGGUUCCUGUGUUUGCCUGGAAAGGGGAAACAGAUGAGGAAUAUAUAUGGUGCAUUGAGCAGACCCUCUUCUUUAAGGACGGGCAACCUCUGAACAUGAUUCUUGAUGAUGGUGGAGACCUCACCAGCUUGGUUCAUACUAAAUAUCCACAGCUCCUGAAAGGAAUCAGAGGAAUAUCUGAGGAGACAACAACUGGGGUCCAUAAUCUCUAUAAAAUGCAUGCCAAUGAGACUCUGAAGUUGCCAGCUAUUAAUGUUAAUGACUCGGUCACUAAGAGUAAAUUUGACAACCUCUAUGGGUGCCGGGAAUCCCUCAUUGAUGGAAUAAAACGUGCCACAGAUGUUAUGAUUGCAGGGAAAGUGGCUGUUGUGGCAGGCUAUGGGGAUGUUGGUAAAGGCUGUGCUCAAGCCCUGAGGAACUUUGGUGCCAGGGUGAUCAUCACAGAAAUCGAUCCGAUCAACGCACUGCAGGCAGCCAUGGAAGGUUAUGAAGUGACAACAAUGGAAGAGGCCUGCACAGAAGGAAACAUAUUUGUUACCACCACUGGAUGCACAGAUAUUGUGCAGGGGAGGCAUUUUGAAAAGAUGAAAGAUGAUUCCAUUGUGUGCAACAUUGGGCACUUUGAUGUGGAAAUUGACGUGAAAUGGCUGAAUGACAAUGCCGUAGAGACUGUGAACAUUAAGCCCCAGGUGGACCGCUAUACGCUGAAAAAUGGCCGCCACAUCAUACUUCUGGCAGAAGGGAGACUGGUGAACCUGGGGUGUGCCAUGGGUCAUCCUAGUUUUGUCAUGAGCAAUUCCUUCACCAACCAGGUGCUGGCACAGAUAGAGCUCUGGACAAAUCCUGGCAAAUAUGCAGUAGGAGUCCAUAUUCUACCAAAGAAGCUGGAUGAAGCUGUGGCUGCUGCUCAUCUGGAUAAACUCUGUGUGAAGCUAACAAAGCUGAGUGAUAAGCAAGCCAAGUAUCUGGGAUUACCCAAAGAUGGUCCCUUCAAGCCAGAUCAUUACAGAUACUGAGCAGAUGGCAGGACCCAAAGAUCUCAAGAUGCAAGAUGGGAAAUCUUCCAAAGUGCUUGCUUCGCUGCCAGGAUCCAGUGAGCAGCUCCAGCCCUUGUCUUCUUUAUACACAUCAGACAUUCUUUCACUUAGUCCCUCCUCUCUCCCUAUAUCUCAGCCUGCCUCCUCUUCCAAAGAAACUCCCAGGAUGUUCCUCAAAUAAUGGAUAAGUCAGAGUCUCAUGACUGUUAUGCUGGAAAGUCAAAAAGGAGAGUGCAAAUCCUGCAUUUCCAGGUUUCUGUCCUCCUCAUCUUUGAAUACAUUUACCGUAAAUAGCCUGAGAGGGAAGGAGGAAGCUGCCUUCUACAGGGAUGUUUUUCUUACCGCUGGAUGAUGGGGACAACAUUUGCAGUAGGCUUCAUCUGAAUGUACCUUCAUCCAGACUUCUUCAUUGCUUGCAAACUGGAACUCAGCUGGGGAUAGACUUUAAUGCAGGAUUUCAUUAAAUUUCAGUACUAAAUUGUCCCUGAUCACAGAACUUGGUUUACGUCUAGCUGUGUCAGUGUAAUGUGGUCCAUGUACUUUCUCUAGGAAGAUCAGUUUUGAACAUAUCUGAGAAAACAAUGUUUGGAAACAGCUUUGCCCAUGUGUAACUGGGAGAUUCUGAAAGCCUGGAGCCAGGGUUAGUGAGAGCACUCAGUUCUCCAAAGAUGCCAACAGUGAAUGUCUGCUCAAGCCUAGUUUUUUGUACCUUGUGUCUGUCAUGGUGUCUUAAAAUGAGUUUUACUAAAAAAAGCUGACAACCUUGCAAUGGUAGCCUCGCUUGUCAUAUUGAUGUGUAUUUGGGAGAAGGAGCUAUCAUUUCACCAUGACACCUGUUUAAGGGCUCUCUUAGUAGCAUAUUUAUGUGAUGGCCUGAGGAAAGAUCCCAGAAAAAAAUAGAAAGCUAGAAAACAAUGGGCAAACUUCAAUUUUUCCAAUUUUUCUCAAAUCCCUGAAAAAACGAAGCAAUAUUUUUCUGCUCUUCAUAGUUUUAGCAGUACAUGUGUUCUAGUUUAUUUCUGAAACAACUUCUAGUAUUACAUCCUGUAGUAGUUACUUCCGAAGAAUAACAGUAUGGGAGGAAACCUUUUAAUACCUGUUUUCUUGGUAGAAAGGUGGGAUAUUAAAUGGAAGACAAAAAGGAGGAUUCAUUGACCACUGGACUUUCAUGUUUUUAUAAAGUUUGUUGUAACCUU